UGGACAAAAGGGGGUUGAUUUCUACGAAUUAUAAAAAAAAGUUGCAAAAUAAAAAAAAAAACUCACAAAUACAUGGACAAUGUCUUGUGUGUUGUCUCACAUGUUUUGUGUAUGUGCACAUUGGGGCUUUUGAUUGUGUUGAAAAUUCUUUGCUAGAUUUUGUGAUGGAGAAGAGACAUACAACUUUUUUCAUAUAACUACGUGAAUUUUCGUGAGAUGGUGCUAGUGUAGAUAAAAAGAGAGAAAAAUUUAAUAAAAAAGUAAAAAAAAAAAAAAAAAAAAAACUUUAGGACAAUCUGAGAGUACACCCUACAACGGGACUCUCUGUUGAAUUUACUGGCAAAAAAAAAAAAAAAAAAAAAUUAUAUUUUUUAUUUAUUUUUUUUUUAAGUUUUGGGGUGUUUUUUUUUUUUUUUUUUUUGUUUUACAUAUUGUUUAUUAGUUAUUGGUUGGUUUAUUUAUUUAUUUUUUAUUUAUUUUUUUUAAUAUCUUGAUUAUCAAGCCAACAACCGAAAGUAUUUUCGGCCUCAUUGGAAGCCCAAUGUGGGUUGAAGUGAGAUGGCAUCCAGGGAAAAGAGACCACCCUUAGCACCAAAAACAAAACAAAAAAUAAACAAUGAUAAUACUAGUUUAUCAGCAACAGCAACAGCAGCAACAGCAAUAUCAACAACUACAACAACAACAGCAGCAGCAGCAGAAGCAACACCAACAUCAACAACAACAACAACAACAACACCAGCUACAACGACAACAACACCAACAACAUCAAAAAAAGGAAAAUCAUUACCACGUUAUAUUUUAGAACCAGUUGCAUCAAGUAGUAAAAUAUCAUUAAAACUAGAAACACGUAAAAAAGUAAUUGGUAAAACAAAAAAAAAUUUACGUGGUAAUAAAAAUAAUAGUAAUAAUAUAAUUAAAGUUAAAAAUACUAAAAACGUUCCUGUUAAAAAUAUCAAAAGACUUGCUAGUGCUAGUGGUGGUAGUGGUGGUAAAGUUGUUAAUAAAAAAAUUAAUAAAACAACAUUAACUAAAACAAAACGUAUAACAAAAAAACAAAAACUAAUUAUUGAACAACAACAACAACAACAAGUGCCUUCGGAUAUUGAUAAUAAUAAAACAAAUCCAAAGACAUCUUUAAAAUUAAAACUAACAUUAUCACCAGAUUCAAUAAUUUCUAAAAAAUCAACAACAACAACAAAAAUUGGUAAUAAUAAUAGAAAAUUAAUUGAUAAUAAUAUUGUUGAUAUUAAGUACCUGAAAAAACAAAGAGGAAUUAAAAAUACAGUUGAUUCAACAAUUGAUCAAGUAUUAGCAAUGGUUAGCGAUACUGAAAAUUCUGAUUUAACAAUUGAUAUGGAUAAUAAUAAACCUGAAGGUAAAAUAACAAGAUCUAAAAAAAUAUUAAUUGAUGAUAAUAAAACAAUAUUGAGUGAAGUUGAAAUUAAAAAAGAACUUAUUGAAGCUGAAGAAAAUGAUGAUGGCAUUGAUUAUCAACAACAAGAAAUUAAAUUACGUACAAGUCAACGUCGUUUGAGAAAUAAUAAAUUACGUCAACUUGAUUCUUCAACAAUUGUUGAUGUUGAAUUGAAUAAAAAAAAUAAACGUAUCAAUUUAGAUGAUACAAUUGUCGAUAAUGUUAAUUCAAAUCAUGGUGAUGAUGAUGUUGACGAUGCUGGUGAUAAUAAUUAUUUAGUUGAUGGAGGAAAUUUUGAGUUUAAUGAAAGAUUAGGGAGUAACAGUAGUGAAAUUAAAAAUCAAGAUGAUGACGAUGUGAAAAUUGAAUUAAAAGAAAAUGAAAAAAUUAUUGAAAUUGAAAAUAACAACAACAUCAACAACAACAACAGUGGUGUUAUUGAUGGUGGUCCAAAUUUACGUUCAAAAGCAAAAUCAAAAAGUACAGAUUUGCAAUUAAAAUUAAAUGAUGGUUUAAUAACAAUUGAUAAUGAUAAAAAUAAAUUAAAUAAUUAUGAACAAUUAAAAAAAGAGGCUUCAUCAUCAUCAUCAUCGUCAUCAUCAAAAGUAUCUAAUGACAAUGUUGAUGAUAAUAUUGAUGAUAAAGAUGAUAACGAUAAUGAUAAAGAUGAUAAUGAUGAUGAUGAUGGUAAACAACAAGUUAAUAAAAGACGUUCUAGUUUAAAUAUUGAUGUUAAAAAAACAAUUGGAUCAUUAUAUGGUAAUGAAAAAAAUGAAGGAACAAAUGAAAAAUCACAAAUUGAUAAAAUGAUUGAAAAUAUAAAAUUAACAAUAGCCGAAACAAUUAAAACUAAUUCACCUUUUUUAGUUAAAAAUUAUGAUUUAAAUAAAACUGAUGAUAGUAAUAUUAUUUUACCAUUGAGUUGUAGUGGUAGUGGUAGCGGUAAUAGCAGCAGUAGUAGUAGUAGUAGUAGCAACAGUAAUAGUGGUAGUAACAAAAAUAGUAGUAAUAGCAAUAUUGAUACACAAAAGUCUAUUAUUAAUAAUAAUAACAAUGAUGAUGAUGAUGAUGUUAUUGUUGAUGAGGAUGAUGAUGAUGAAGAUGAAGAUGAAGAAGAUGAUGAUAAAAAUAUAACAAAUGUAUCAUCAAUUGAAAGUACAUCAAAUUGUUCUGGUGAAAAUUCCGUGCCAAAAGUUGCGGAUACUGCCAAAGAAAUUGAAAAACUAGUCAUGGGUGACUGUCAGACAACAAAUUUAAAUGAUAAAAAAAAUGAUGAUAAUGAUGAUGAUAAUAUAAAUAGUAUCGAUUAUUAUUGUGAGUCUAUUACAAAAAGUGAUGUUAAAAAAACAACUGGAGUUUUAUUGGAUAUUGCUGAUGAUUUUGUUUCAAAUAAAAAUAAUGAAUUGUCUGAUGAUACUGAGUUGCAAUUAAAUUGUAAUGAUAAAGUUGAUAACAAAAAUAUUACACCAGAAUUAUUAUCAAGCAAAACAUCUGAAAAUAUUGAUGGUGAUGAUGAUAAUGAAACACUUGAAAGUAUAUCAGCUGAAAUUGAAAAACUUGUUGCUGAUACAGAGCCAGUUGUUGUUGUUUCACCAGAAACAUCAAAAGUUGAUGAUGAUAAACAAGAUGAAAAUCAAGAUAUUAUAAAGACUGCUGAAGAGGAAGAAAUAAUUGAAUCAUCAGAAAUUAUAAAAGAAUCUAAUGAAAAAAUUUUAGUAAAUGAAAAAGAACAAGAAGAAAAUAAUAGUAAAAUUGAUUCUUGUUUGAUUUCACAUAGUGAAAUGUCAAAUGAAUUAUCAACACAAGAAGAUGAAAAAAUUGAAGAUAUUAAAAAUGAAGAACAACAAGAAAAACAACAACAAGAAGAAGAACAAGAAGUAUCAGUUAAAAUUGAAAGAUCAAAAUCAAGAUUAUCCGAUGGAACAAAAGUUAUCGAAGAAACAAGACGUGUACUGAGAACACGUGAAACAAGACAAAAAAAAACACGUAGUACUGAGCCAAUUGAAGUAAAAAAUGAUAGUCAAGAUGAUGAUAAAAUUGAUAAAUCAAUAAUUAAUGAUGAUGAUACAACAACAACAACAAAAUUAGAUGUUAUUAAAACACCAGAGACACUUGUUGAUGUUAAAAUUGAAAUACCAGAUACAGAUAUUGAACCACAGAUACGUACAAGAAGAGGUAGAGAUGUUAAAAGACGUCGUGAUGAUACAACACCACCAUCAUCAUCAUCAUCAUCAACAACAAAUGUACAAUCAAUUAUUCGUGCUAAAAGAAAUCGUCGUGAUACACGUAAAAGUGAACAAAAUAAAGAAGAAACAUUGCUUGACAAUGAAGUUGCUGAAAUAAAUGAAAAUAAAGAUAAAAAUAUAUUUAUAAAUAAUGAAGAUGAAGAUGAUGAUGACGAUGAUGAUAGAGAUGAUGAUGACAAUGAUAAAUAUACAACAAAAAAACGUCUUAAAGGUACUGAAAGUCUUGGUAUAUUAACAAAGAAUAAUGAUGAUAAAGAAAAUAGCUCAAAAAAUAAUCGUAGUAAAUCAGAAAAUGAUAUAUCAUGUGUAUUGUCAAAAACAAAUAAUGAUGUAUCAAAAACAAAUGAUGAAAAAUUACAAAGAUGCCAAUCAAAUGAUGUUGUUGUUAAUGAUAAUAAUAAUACAAAAUUAGAUAAUGAUUUUAGUGAUGAUAAAAAUAUAGAAAAUAAUAAUAAAAGUCCAAAUGAAAUAAUAAAUAAUAAUAAAGAUUCAGAUGGUGCAUCAACAUCUGGUGAAUCAUCAAUAAAUAUACGUGAUAUUACUGAAACACCUGAAGAAAAAGAAAAAAAAGAAAAAGUAUUACGUAUGCUUGGUCUUGAAUCAUUAGAAAGAGCUGCUGAAAGAUUAAAUUCACAAAAAAUUAAAAGAGAACAAUAUACUGGUACAUUAAAAACUGUCAUAAGAGUACAAAAAGAACGUGAUCGAGAUAAGAAACGAUCACGUUCACCAUUAAAAAUGGUAUUGAAACAAGGACGUACUGAUGGAGAAGGUGAUUCACCAGAAUUUUAUACUAUACAAAAAGAGCUUGGAAGCAGCAGCACCAGCAGUAGUAAUACUUUGGUUAGCGGUGACAAUACUUCUGUUGCAAAUAGAAAAUUUUCUACGAAUCACAGACAAUCUUGUGAUGAAGACAAUGAAGAAGAAAAACCAAAGGAAAGACAAUCAUUAAUAAUACCAGAAAAAUCAUCAUCAUUUUCAAUUCAUCCUGGACGUCUUUGUGCUGAUGUCUGUUGUUAUUGUUUUGGUAAAUUUGGUUCACUUGAUACACCAAUGCAUUUGGCACAACAAAAAUCAGAUGAAAGAAGAAAAAAAAUUCUUGAUAUUGAACGUCAUUUAACUAAGGAUUCUUGUUUAUGUGAUGCUUGUUAUCGUCAUAUUGAUAGAAGGGCAAAUAUGAGUCCAACAAAUAUAGGAGCUAAAAUACCAAGACAACAUCGUCAAUUAAUGAUGACAAAAUGUUGUGUUAAAGAUUGUAAAAUAACUGGUAGAAAUUUAAUAAAACGUAGAUGGUUAAUGAAAAUAAAAUCAUGCUUACAAAAAUCUUACUCACUCGAGAUAACAUUUGAUUGGGAUCCACAUCAACAUACAUCAAUGAUAUUUUGUCCUCAUCAUUACGAUGCAAUAGCAAGAUUUUUUUUCUGUUUUUUGUGUAAAUGUCGAUUAAAUCGAAACACAAUAUCAAUAUUAUAUCCAAAUGAAAUUGCUGAAUUAAAUCAGUCACUGCCACAAUUGACACUAACUGGUGGUCCAGUACUUUGUAAAACUUGUCGUCAAUAUACAACUCUAAUUGUCAAAUUUAAAGACAAUAUGGAAACAAUGAAUCCAAAUAGUCGUUCAUUUUUUAUAAAUCAUCGUAAACAAUUAUUACAACAAAAUGAUAUUGUCAUUAAUGAUAAUAAUAAUGAUGAAGAUGAAAGUACAACAUUACAAAAUUCACUAAUUAAAGAAAAACGUAGUAAUAAAAAAGUCAAAUUGAAUACUAAAUCAGCUACAUCAAAAUCACCAGAAAUAUCACCACUACCACCACCAUUGCCAAUGAUUGAUGAUAAAUCAACAGCAGCAGCAGCAGUAUCACCAACAGUAACACCUAAAAAAAUUGAUGAAUUAAUUAAUAAAGAUGAAUCAACAAAAGAAACAUCAUCAUCAAAUGAAACAGAUAAAAUAAAUAAACAACAACAACAACAUCACGUGUUAGAUCUUGAAAGUACUGUUGAAAAAUUAAAAAAACGUAAAGCAUUAGAUCAACAUUUAUAUUCAACUGAAUCACCAAUAUUUGACAACAAUUGUAGUAAUGACAUUCUUGAAAUAUUGGCAAUGGAUAAAGAAGUGACACUAACAAGACUGCCAAAGAAACCAAGAUUAAAUAAUAAUAGUAAUGAUAAUGAUAAUUUAAAUAUAAAUAAUAAUAAUAAUAGUAGUAAUAAUAAUAAUAAUAAUAAUAAUAAUAAUAAUAACAAUGAUAUAACACCAGUUGUUCAAAGAUUAGGUGCAAAUCCAUCAAUAUCUGUACGUACAUUAUUUCCGGGUGAAGAAGAAAUGGGUUUACAUGCUAAUAUUGAAUUUAAUAAUAUACGUGAAGUAACACCACAUGGAUGGGAAAAAUGUGCAACAGUUAUACAAUAUGAUCAUGAUACAAAAUUAUUAUGGCAAGAAUUACAAAGACCAUAUGGUAAUCAAAGUUCAUUUUUACGUCAUUUAAUAUUACUUGAAAAGUAUUAUCGUGCUGGUGAUCUUUUAUUAGCACCAAAUGCAUCAAGAAAUGCUAUUAAUUAUUCAACAUCAGUACAAAAUCGUUUAAUAUCAUAUGAGGGUCCAGAAAAAAUUGAUGAACCAAUUGUUGAACCAAUACCAACUGAUUAUAGUACAACUAAUCCAAGAAGAUUAAGUGGUGGUUAUUGGAUUGAACGUGAUAGAUAUUCAAUGCCAAGUACUAGUUCAUUUAUGUCAACAAGUGGUGGUAGUUGUGCUACAUCAACACCAUCAAUCAAGUCAUCAAUAUUAACACAACAACAACAACAACAACAACAACAAAAUAAUGCUGCUAAAUUAUCAGCAACAUCACGUAUAUUAAAAAUGUCACCUGGUGUAUCAAUUAUUAAAAAACCACCACUAAAUUUACAAAGAAUAACAUUAUCUGGUUUAUCUGCAACAACACUAACACCAACAACAUCAACAGCAGCAUCAGCAGCAAAUGGUGGUAGUUCAAAACGUAAAGAAGCAUUUCCAACUAAAGUAACUAAUACAUUUGGUGGUAAAGUAUUUCAAUUAAGUGAACCAGCAUUUAAAAGAUUACAAACAUUAAAAAAACAAAAAAUGCUUAAUGAAAAAAUAGAAUCAAUAAUAACGACAACAACAUCAGCUGAAACAACAACAACAGCAACAGCAGCAACAACAACAACAGUAGUUUCAACUGGUACAACUACAAGUACAACGACAACAACAACAGGUGUCAAUAAAAAUACUUUGCAAUAUCAAAAAGCACAUCUUAUUGCACAAACACAGUUUCAAAAACAUUUACAAAUGCAACAAGAAAUGCUUGGUCAACAAAGACGUGGUGAUUUUGAACCAUUAAUAUGUGAUGUUAGAACAUUGAUCAAUGAAAAUACAACACCAACUCAAAAUUUAAUAAAUAAUUUAAAUUUACCAAAAUCAAUACAAGUUACAGCAAAACCAUCGUCAAAUCCAAUUCCAAUAUUGCCAAAAAUGCCUAAAUCAUUGACUGUUAUUCCACAAAGUGUGCCACGAACAGUUGAAAAAAAUUGACAUAAAUUUUUUAUUAUUGAUUGAGAGAAAAUAAAAAAAAAUAUUAUAAUAUUUUUUACAAAUUGUUUAAAUAAUAAUUAAAUUUUUUAAAAUAAUGUGAUUUUAUAUUAACUAAGCGUAUAUUUAUUACGCAUUAUAAAAAUCGCUAUUUAAAUUAUUGAUAACAAAAAAAAAACGUUGCAUGAAUUUGAUAAAUCAUUUAGCUCAUCAUUGUGACAAUAUCAAAUGAUUAAAAAUUAAAAAAAUAUAUAUAUAAAUAAAGUGCCUAAACAUCGUGAAAAUUAAAAUUUAAAAACAAAAAAAUCAUAAUAAGUUACAUAAUUUAAAAAUUAUAAAAUGAAGAUGAGCGUGGAACGUCGAUUGUGUAAUUUAAAAAAAAAGUUAUUAAAUAGUUUAUUAGAUUAUUAUAUAUUUACAAAUAAAUAAUCGCUUCGGAUGAUGGGAAAAAUUUUUUAAUAAAACAUCAAAUGCCUUACUUAAUUUGCACUUUUUUUUCAUUUUUCAUUUUUCUUUCAAAUAUACAUUAGUUUAUUAGUGACUUGAUGAUAAACUUUUGUUUUUCUUUUUCUUUUUUUUUUUUUUAUAUGAAAAAUAUUAUAAAGGAAAAUUAGUGGGAUUUUAAAAAUAAUUUUAAAUUCAAUUACCUAUAUAUAUAUAUUCAUCAAAUGAAAAACAUCUUUUUUUUUUUUUCUUUGAAUUUAUUCAAGUGUAAAUAUCGUUUAAAAAAAAAAAAAAAACAAUAAUAAAAUAUGACAAAUUAAUUUAGGAAAAUUAAAAUCUAAUAUACAUUAUUUAUUACAUUUAUUUUAUAAUUUCAUUGUGUAUAUAAAUUCAAUAAUUUUAGUAACUAUAAAACAACACAAGUAACAAUAAUUUUGUCUUUUUUUUAUAUAUAUAAUAAUGAAAAAUUGUGAAUUUCUUGGACGAAGAGUUUAUUGAUCAUCAUCAUGGAGUUGGACCAUGAGAGCAUUGGCUUGAUUGGUUAUUAUAAAUAAAUGCACAGAAAAAAUAAAAAAAUAAAAGUGAGAGAGAAAGAUAAUAAAAAAAAAAAAAAAAAAAAGUAUACUGAUAAAAUGGCUGUCUGGCAAGUGAUAGUGUGUGAGAAUGUACAUAAUAGUUUAUUAAAAUUCAAAAAAAAGAAAAAAAAAAAAUGAUUAUGAUAAAAAUCCAAUAAAAGUUGAUGGUGUGAUUUUUUGAAAAAA